AUGCUCCCUAGUCUUUCUUCUCAUCAAUGGUCCGCACACCAUCAUGCCUGCUUGUGCGAUCCACAGAAACAACAGCUACGUCAGCAAUACCUCCGUCAAUAUGAAGUAGAAAGUGUUAUUCGGAAAGCCAUUGACUCCCAACUAAAAAAGGCUCCACUUCGUCUAAUCAACACCUCUACUGGACGUUUGUGCAAUCGGGCUGUGCAGAUCAACGCAUUCGUGGAGAGUACAGAGUACGAAGAGCUUUUGACUUCAUCGGACAUACUUGGGCCCGUCCAAAUGAAGCUCAUCAAAGAAGCGGUUGCGAAGUACUUCAGUUGGGUCAUGUUGUCCCAUAGGUGGGGAGCCGGGGUUACACGACAUUCAGGACAGGGACAUAUACGACUUGAAUCCGGUCGGAAACAUGGUAAAAUUGCAGAAGUUCUGCAGAGUCGCACGCGAUGCGGGGCAUCGUUGGGCUCAAUUCCAUGUUUGUCUGGUAUCGGGACUCAGCGCUCACCAUUGUCUAUCUAUCGGAUGUCGCGCCUUUGUCAAAGUCGGGCGGGCUCGCAAACAGCAUUUGGAACACGCGAGGAUGGACCGUUCAGGAGUUCAUCGCUCCUAACAUUCAGUGUGGUAGUGCUCUUUUGUGCCUUCAUCGCCUUUGUUUUCGGCUUGGUUUCAGUAGUGCAAUUUUUCCAGCAAAGGCAGUUGUCGGCAUUCGCUUUGCCUUCUAUGGCAGUUAUCGCUGGCAUCAGCCAAGGGCUUCGCAACAGUCGCGAACAUCAUCAUUUUCAUUGCGAUGUAUUGGUCACUGCGUUCAGCACGUUAUCCAGACAUGCCCCCGGAGUGUUUGAAAACUUUUCUAUGCUGUUUGUUGGCCGUGGCCUGGGACUCAUCUGGCGUAUCUUGGCACAGGAAACCAUACUGGGUAGCAGUCCAGAUAGUCACACCCCAGGGUUUACGCCAAUACUGUCUUGGGACUGUGACACACUGGGUGAAUCUGCUGGGACCCGACCUCUUCAUAUCUUCAACAGGACGUCUACGGAAGAUACGCAGAUGCCUGCGGGAGCGCCUGCGCUCGCUCACACGUUCUUUCGGGAACAUCCUGCUGUGUUCGCAGCGCCGAACAGCUUGAUUCGCAGGAUUGCAGGUAUAACUUCGAACACCGACGACGUUGCAGGCAACGUCCUGGUUGUGAAACAUGAGCAGGGGGAAGAAGCAUGA